CCAACACACAUUGACCACGACGACCGUCGACGACGAGCACCAAAGCUGUUUAACGUUGCAGCGACCUCGAUAAUCGAAACCCGACAACGACCGAGCUGGUUGCGUCCCACGCACAUCGCGCCGAUAUCGUUGUUCCUAUAAGAGCGGUCGCGUCAUCGUCGAGCCGGAAAAUUGUUGGCCCCGCCGUUCCCCAGCGAAAAGCAGCUCCAAGCCUCGAGCGGCCCUCCGAGUCCUUUUCGGCUGAGUCGUUUGCAAAUUUUUCCCAAUUCUCUCCACAGCCCAGUGCUCGAAAAAAUUAGCGUAUAAGGCAAGAACCAAGGUUGAUCCAAAAUGCAGAUCGCAGGCCCUCGAUUGCGUCUCUUUUCCUCGACAGCGACCAACACAACCCGUGCACUCUCGACUUGUGCCCGCGGUCAACGUUCUCUCCGUUUUGCGCCUCGUUCUCAGCUCGCCCACGUCCCGUUGUUGGCUACCCCUGCAUACGCUACAAGAUCCUUUGCAACCAGCUUUGUGCUAAACCAAGACAAAAUGUCCUCAACCGCCUUCAAGAAGAUCGUCGUCCAGAACCCCGUCGUCGAGCUCGACGGAGAUGAGAUGACCAGGAUCAUCUGGAAGAAGAUUCGUGAGGAGCUUAUUCUUCCCUACCUCCAACUCGACAUCAAGUACUUUGACUUGGGUUUGGAAUACCGGGACCAGACCAACGACCAAGUCACCAUCGAUGCCGCCAACGCUAUUCUCAAGCACCAAGUCGGUAUCAAGUGCGCUACCAUCACUCCCGAUGAGGCCCGCGUCGAAGAGUUCAAGUUGAAGGAGAUGUGGAAGAGCCCCAACGGCACAAUUCGAAACAUCCUUGGAGGAACUGUAUUCCGGGAGCCUAUCAUCCUCGAACGCAUCCCCAAGCCAAUUCCCGGAUGGGUCAAGCCCAUCGUCAUUGGACGACAUGCUUUCGGUGAUCAGUACCGAUCCACGGACUAUGUCGUUCCAGGCGCUGGAAGCCUCAAGCUCGUCUACAGUCCCGCAGAUGGAUCUGCCCCCGUUGAACUCCCCGUCUAUGACUUCAAGGGCCCUGGUGUUGCCAUGAGCAUGUACAACACUGAUGAGUCUAUCAUCGGAUUCGCCCAUUCGUCCUUCAAGAUGGCCAUUGCCAAGAAGAUGCCUCUCUUCAUGUCAACCAAGAAUACUAUCCUCAAGCGAUAUGAUGGCCGCUUCAAGGAUAUCUUCCAAGAAAUCUAUGAUACCACCUACAAGGCCGAAUUCGAGGCUCUCGGCAUCUACUACGAGCACCGACUCAUUGACGACAUGGUCGCCCAAGCAGUCAAGUCCUCCGGCGGCUUCGUCUGGGCCUGCAAAAACUACGACGGUGACGUCCAAUCCGACAUCCUCGCCCAAGGCUUCGGCUCCCUGGGCAUGAUGACCUCCGAGCUCCUCACCCCCGACGGCAAGAUCAUCGAGAGUGAAGCCGCUCACGGAACCGUCACCCGUCACUACCGUGAAUACCAAAAGGGCAACGAGACCUCAACAAACCCCGUCGCCUCUAUCUUCGCCUGGACGAGGGGUCUGCUACACAGGGCCAAGCUCGACAACAAUGCUGAGCUCAAGGCCUUCUGCGAGGACCUUGAGGCGGCGUGCGUGGAGGUCAUUGACCAGGAUGGCAUCAUGACCAAGGAUCUGGCUCUUGCUAUCCACGGAAAGAACAUGAAGAGGGAGCACUGGGUUGUCACCAACGACUACAUGGAUGCUGUUAACGCUAAGCUGCAGAAGAAGUUGGCCGCCCGCCAGCAAUAG